CUAACGAAGAAGAGCAAACGUAUAAGCAAGAUCCUCUGUUCUUGCACAACUCAGAUCAUCCAGGGAUGAUUCUUACUACAACGAAGCUGACUGGAACAAAUUUCAUUCCAUGGAGCCGAUCGAUCAAGAUUGCUCUGAUUUCGAAAAUGAAGAUAGGAUUCAUCAAUGGAAUGUGCAGGAAACCAGACACAGCUUCACCAAAUUGUGCUCAAUGGGAACGAUGCGACAACAUGGUGUUUAGUUGGAUCCUGAACUCGAUUCAACCUGAUCUGGCAGAAGCCUUCUUGUACGCGACAUCCUCACAGGAACUGUGGAACGAAUUGAUGGAGCGAUUUGGUGAAAGCAAUGGACCCCUGAUUUACCAAAUUGAGAAGAAAAUUGCAGACAUCAGGCAGAACAAUGAUCCAGUUGGUGUGUAUUUCACAAAAUUGAAGAAACUUUGGGAUGAACUGACUAAUGUUGAAAGGCAAAAAUCAAUCACUGGAAUUCAAGUUCUGGGAAGUGAAAUGGCUGCUUAUGCUGGAAGUGAUGCUGAAUCACAGGCCUUAUAUGCUGGAAAAGGUGGUGGACCACGCCAAAACCAUUUCAACAAGACUGAUCCUAAGAAGACUAGAAGAAUUGGUUCAAAGGUCCUAAAGGAAAGAAAGGACAAAAUGGUCAUGGGAAUAACAGAUUUGCAGCAAAUACCACAACACACUCCCAAGACAUUCAAUCUGACAGUCCUUUGGAUGAAAUGAAUAUGGGACAGGGAUUGUUUCAGAAUAAUCCUGGCUUUGUUCAACAUGUGGCUCAAGAGAUGAUGAGGCUGAUGUCAGACAAGGCACACAUAAAUUCUGCAGAAGCAAGUUCAUCACAUGCCUAUGCACACCUUGCAGGACCCUUCAACUAAUCAGGUUGUGGCAAUUGGGUCAAGGAGUCAUGGCUUAUACAAGAUAAAAGUUGAACACAAAACCAGAGGCGAUUCAGAGAUUCUGGGAAUGAAUGUUACUUCUUGUA